AAAACUUCAUUUUUAAUAAUAUUUAUUAGGUUGAUAAAAAAUCUCAUGCUUGUGCUGUACGCCAACUACCAGAGAGGAAAAUUCUGCCAUUGUUCCAUUGAUGUGAUUGAAAUGAAGUUCUAAGCGUUAAUGCAAGCCUGAAUUGACGUUCUUAACAGCAGCAUUGUGAAUCAAAGACCACUGAAAAUCUACAUGGCCUGAUAGAAUCUCCUUCCACUUUUUCCCGGAUUGAUAGCAAAAGAUAUCAUGAUGAAUAAGUUUGGAAAGUCUAGUGGUGUUUCAGUUUCAACUCCUGAAUCAGAGCUUGAGAAAACAAUAUGGAAAUGGUGUGAAGCCACUGGAUUACCUACAACAGUUACAGUUCACUUGGAAAAUCGCUGUUACAGACUCCAUAAGUUUCCUCUUGUUUCCAGGAGUGGCUACCUGAAGAGGAAGUUGUCAGAAUCCUCAGAAAUUGUGUUACCCAAAUCAUGUCCUGCUGGGGUUGAGAUCUUCGAACUUGUUGUUCUGUUUUGCUAUGGCUCCACCAUUCUUAUGGACCCAUUAAAUGUUGCAGCCUUGAGAUGUGCAGCUGAGUUUUUCGAAAUGAUAGAAGAGUUUGGAAGAGGAAAUCUAUGUGAGAGGAGUGAUUUGUAUCUUACUCAGGUGGUGUUACAGAGCUGGGAAGACACACUGAUUGUGCUUCAGAAAUGCCAGUGUUUGCUACCCUUGGCAGAUGAGCUUCUUGUUGUGAGCAGAUGCAUUGAAUCACUUGCUUUCAUGGCCUGCAUGGAGGUUCUUGAUCCAGAGCAUACAAGAACGAGAUCUGCAAUGGCGGCUGAAUGUCAGUUCUGUAGUGAAUUAAGUACAAGUUUCAGAGAAGCUACAGCUAAAGACUGGUGGAUUAAGGACCUGUUGGUACUUCCUUUCCAGCUUUUUGAAAGGAUAAUAGCUUCCAUGCGGAGACAGGGGAUGAAAGAAAAAUAUGUCAGCCCUGUAAUAAUUAUGUAUGCAAACAAAUGGAUUCUCUCCAACAGGCGUCAUAGUGGGAAUAGUACACUGAAAUGUAGAUGGCUGGAAGGCAUUAUAAAGCUGCUACCAUUGGGAAGAAGAUCUAAUGUAAUACCCAUUCAUUUUUUGUUUUCCUUGCUCUCUGAAGCGUUGAUUUGUGGAUCUAGCAAUGAAAGUAACGCCCAAUUACAAGCUAGGAUUGCUUCUCAGCUAGACCUUGCAACUAUUGAAGACUUUCUGUUGCCUAUGCCCAUGGAAAUCAAGAGCAAUACCAGUAUUGCAUUCAGCCCUGAAGUUGAAAGCAUGAGAAACAUUUUUUCCAUGUUCAUUGCUCAAGAAUAUAUCAAUUGCAAAACGGAUGAAUCUGCUGAGUUCAGUUUGGGAUCUGAGGAAGCACUAGAACAGAGCUCUAAUAGUUGUUGUAGCUUUAAUAAGAAUACAGUAUCAACUGUUGCUAGUAUGUGGGAUGAGUAUCUGGUUCACAUAGCAUUUGAUGCAGGGUUAAGCCCGAGCGAGUUUUUGGAGCUUGUAGAAAUCAUACCAGCAUCUGCUCGGUGUACUCAUGAUAUGCUGUAUAAAGCAGUCCACACAUAUUUGAUGGCACAUCCUGAGAUCUCUCAGCAAGAGAGGCAGACUGUAUGUAAACAUCUGAGCUGCCAAAAAAUGUCACAAGAAACUUGCAUGCAUGCAGUUCAGAAUGGGCUCAUGCCAUUAAGAUUAACAGUCCAAGCCAUGUUCAUUCAACAGCUCCAUACCCGUCAAGUCCUUCGAUCCAACAGUAACAUGAGCAACUGCAGCAGAAGCAUGAGACUAGACAGCACCAAAACAUCUGAUUACUAUUCUCAACCCAAUUUCUUCUCACAGGAGCUGAGUUCCACAGCAAAACCUAAUGAAAACAAUACCCAUGAAGAACCAUUGCCCUUUGGGCUUCUCCUCAAAAGGGAUGCAGCAUUUCGCCAAGAAGCAGCCAUGAGAGCAGAUUAUGAGGCCACAAGCUUCAGGCUCCAGAAUCUAGAGCAAGAGCUCGUUUGCAUGAGAAAGAAUCUUCAACAGAACAAAGACAAUAAAAAACACAGGCACAACAAGGACACCCAUACAAAUUCCUCGGUCAAAUCUGAGAGCUUCAGAAUCUCUAUCACGGACAAAUAUUUAGACACCAAAUGCAGGAGAAAUUUUCUUGUUACUUCUUCCAGUUGUGGAAAAUGGUUCCUUCGUACAGAUUUUGUUCAUAAAGUAGUGGAAGCAUUUCAAAAGAUCAGCAUUUUCAACCUGAGCCAUCAUCAUGACAAGGACAAGAAAUGUUCACAGUCAAAUCAAAAGAAAAAUUCAUUUGGUCUACCAUUGAAAUCUUCUUCCCAGACCAAAUUCCAAUGACUUCCAAGGAAGUCUUAUCUCUUGAAAUAUGUAGUUCUAUAUUACAUUUACAAAUUAUAGUUGGUAUUGAGGUAUGAAUGUGGCAUUACAGAUGAUGCGUACACAGGAAACUUCUUCUUCAAGAAUUGGGUCAGGUACCAAUGGAAUUACUCUCAUAUUAGACUAGUUAUAAAAAGAUAAUUCUCGAUGUAGGCAUGUAUGUAUAUAGGUAUCUCUGCCCAAGCCUAAACUGCCAAAAAGGUUUUUGCUUCUCCCAAUGGAGAUUUCUCUCGUGCCAAUAUCGAAUUGGGAGAUCUAGAGAAUAAAAAAGUAUUAGAUUUCUGUGUUCUUGUGUUGGGAUUAUAACAUUGAGUGAUCAAUUCACUCCAACAGGAGAAUCAGAUUACCGUAACAAUACAGUUCUGAUUUUUAUUAGCAUCCGUGCAACUGAAAUAGGAGGGAGGGGACGUUUGUCUACUAGCUAGUAUAUUAAAUAUGCGGUGAAUUUAACAAUUUAGCUUAGAUAUUAGAGCCAGGACAAAAAUGCAAAUUUUCCUUGAUUUCAAAGUAGAAUGAAAUAUUUGAUGUUGGGAAGAGGAGAAGAAUUUGACUAUUCCACAUGCUUGUCAUUCA